AUGGCAGCAGCAACAGAGCAAGCUCCUGCAGCUGUCAAAGAGACAUUUCACUUUAUCAACAAGCCUGAAGAUGCCAUCAAUGAAGCACUAGCAGGCCUAACUCACAUCCACCCAAACCUCUCAUACAACCCGCCCUACAAGAUUCUCUACCGUUCAGACCUAGGCACUUUCCGCAACAAUCAUGUAACAACAAUUGGCUUCAGCGGAGGCGGCCAUGAACCAAUGUUCGGCGGCUUCGUAGGACCCAAUUACCUUUCUGCAUAUGUUAGCGGUAACAUCUUUGCUUCACCGACCGCUGCUCAGAUCUACGAAGCCAUCAGAAUGUGUCAACCGACCGAUGGAUCAGAGAGCAAAGGCACGUUGGUCGUCUGCGGCAACUAUACUGGUGAUAUCCUCAAUGCUGGACUUGCUAUCACGCGAGCACAGGCAAGUGGAUACAAAGUCAGAUUUGUUCCUGUAGGCGAUGAUGUUGCGGUCGGCAGAAAGAAGGGUGGCAAGGUCGGUCGCAGAGGAUUAAGUGGUCAUCUCAUGGCUUUGAAGAGUGCUUGUGCACUGGCUGCCAAAGGAGAAAGCUUGGAUCGUGUGACCGAAGUCAUGGAAUAUGUUGCUGCCAACGUCGGCACUGUAGGAGUUGCUUUCGACCGUGUUGCGUUGCCGAAUGCCACACUGACCGACUUGCAAACUCUACCACCGGCGACUAUCGAACUCGGCAUGGGAGCUCACGGCGAACCGGGUUUGCGACAACUGAACCCUAUUCCUUCACCUGAGUCUCUCACAACCCAGAUGCUUGACUUACUCCUCGAUGUCUCCGAUUCAGACAGAGCAUUCAUCCCCUUCUCCUCAUCCUCAUUUACAGACUCUUCAUCCGCGGCUUCCGACAAAGACAAUGAAGUUGUGAUCCUACUCAAUUCACUUGGCAGCACAAGCGACGAGGUGCUUGCACGCUUCGCCGAGAUAGCGAUUGCAGAUCUGACCAAGCGCGGCUUUGUGGUUAGAAGGGUUACUCUGGGUCCUUUGGUGACGAGUCUGAAGAUGAGUGGUUUCGGCAUCACCGUCUGGCGAUUGCCGCCUGCUAGUGAAGAAGCAAUGACGAGGGAUGAGGCUCUGGAGCUUUGGGAUACCAAGGUUGAUGUCGCUGCUUGGAGACAGUAG